AUACAUUCAACUAUUCUAGUUAGUUUAUUAAAUUAUUUUGUUCAUCUACUAUGGCAAGUUUAUGCCGAAUUUUUUGUCAAAACAUAAAUAAUAUACCAUUAUCAAAGAUAAUUACAACAAAAUUACGAGUGCCUACAAAAGAAUUUAUUCGACAUUACAGUCACAGUGAUCAACUAAGUAACACAAAUACUUUUAAACAUGGUGCUUUUGCUGAGUUUUAUGAAAAAACCAAAGAGAACAAACAAGUUGUUGAAGAAGACCUAGACUUUGAAAUGCUAUUGAGAAAUUCAAAUUUUAUAAAUCUUGGUGAUCCUGAGGGUAAACAAGUGAUCGGAACUAUAUUUCAUAUUGUUGAUAAUGAUUUGUAUAUUGAUUUUGGAUGGAAAUUCCAUUGUGUUUGUACAAGACCAAUUAAAAAUGCAGAAUCUUAUGUACGAGGAUCACAAGUAAAAUUAAGAAUCAAAACCUUAGAAUUAGCUACCCGUUUUUUGGGCUCUGAAAAAGAUUUAACUCUACUUGAAGCAGAUGCAGCUCUUUUGGGUCUUCACAAACCAAUAAAAUAUUAAAAAAAUUGUUCAUAUUUUUAUCUAUUAUAAAAUUAUAUACAUUGGCUUAGCAAUUUUUUUGUAUGUUUAUUUUAAAACACUUGUAAAUUAUAAGUUCGUUUUUUGUAAAUUUUUAUGAUUGUAUUUUUAACUAAUAACAAGGUUUGGACUUUGUAAGUUGUAGCCUAUAAGUGUUAGAAAUGACGAUAAUACAUACAUAAUUUAUAUGUA